AAGUGUCAAUUCAAUUGGUGUCAUUGUUAUUUUGUAAUUUGUUAUUGUUUGCGAAUUUUUCGUGGUUUUCGUGAGGGAAAUAAAAGGAGAGUGCCUAUUAAUAAUUUCGCAAAAAUAAGUUAAUCGACUUAUAGAUAAAAUGGAUAUUUAUAGAUAUCCCCCGUAUCAAUACGGACAAUCAGAUGAACUUUCCAAACAAAUGUUUGCCCAACAAGCUCUGUCUUCCGGUCUUCCUUAUCAGCGUCCAGGAACAAGUCAAGAGCCACAUUCCAUGCCUAUCCCGUCUGGUGCUCCUUGGAAUAUACAAGGCGUUUCUUGGGGUUUGCCUUCGCCACCUCAAUUAGUUCAGUUCACGGGACAACCACCAUUAGAACCAAAGCCUUCACACACAGUUCUGCACUGUAAAAGAAAAAGUUUGGAUGUCGAACCGGUCAUUCCAGCCAAACAGUUAAUAACGGAAGAGAAAAUGGCAGCACAUUUAAGUGGUCUCCAUAUAUCUUCAGACUACACAGCUCAUUCUUUGGCGACAUCGACGGAUGAAAAUAUGGAUCUUGGCAUGGAUACCGCAACGGCUCUCAGUGAAAAACUUAAAGGCCACAAAAUUGUUUUAUCCGAAGAGCUUAAAAAGUUACAAGAAGAACCUUUAAUACCUGCUACUCUUAUAGAAAGACUAGAAAAACCACACAUGUCACUAGUUGUGUGGAAACCUCGAGAUAAUAUUUUAGAAAAGAUAAAAGAAGUAGAAGAAAAGCCACAUGAAGAAGAGAAGAAAAGACCAGGUGUGCUUGUAAGUGAAAUAUCACCUAUGGAAAUGGAGAUGUCAUGAACAGUUUGUGAAUAUUAAGGCCAUGUUCACACCAAAUGUAUUAACAACUGUUACUCUUUUGGAAUAUCUUUGCGGCCUUAGGUCAUUUGCGUACCACGCAGUGUCCUUCCCAC